AUGGUCCUAUCGAUAGGCGUCCCGUGUGGCCGAAGCUCCUCUCUAUGUGGUUAUUGUUCUCCACCUGGGGAGAGAAGUAUUAAACGUUCAUCUCGACACAUCGCUGGACUAGACGCCUUACAACUGUCUUGUGAUGUCUACCAAGCUAUGAUCGAUAGAGGCUGGCGUCGGUCUGGCACUUGGUGUUACAAACCUAAUUUGAAAGCUUCCUGUUGUCCUCAAUAUCCCAUCAGGCUGGAUGCAUCGAGUUUCAAGCCUUCGCGAAGCCAAAGAAAGCUCAUCAAUCGAUGGAAUCGAUUCGUUGAACAUGGGAAAAACACCGACAAACCAGCGAAAAAUAAAGGGAAAGGCAGCACGAUUUUUGAUUUCGUUGAUGCCAUACACGGUUCUGAGGGUGUUAUGGAUGGAUGGGAGCAUCGGUUUGAGAUCACCUUGGAAGAAUCGUCGUACACCAUUGAAAAAUACACCCUCUUCGAGAAAUAUCAGAAGAAAAUACACCAUGAUGACAGUACCAUCCCUGGAUUCAAGCGUUUUUUGGUCGACUCUCCGUUACUUCCAGACCCUAUCCCGUAUUUCGCCAAUCCGGCAAAACAUCUCCCUACUCAUUACGGAUCAUAUCAUCAACUUUACCGACUUGAUGGUAAACUGAUUGCAAUGGCAGUACUCGACAUUCUGCCACAUUGCAUCUCGAGUGUGUAUUUUAUGUACGACGACGAUUGGGAAGGGUUUUCUUUGGGAAAGUUAAGUGCCAUUCGAGAGAUCUCUUUGGCCAGGGAAUUGUUUGGGGCUGGAGCACCUGGUUUGAAGUUUUUAUAUCUCGGAUACUACAUUCAUACAUGCCAAAAGAUGCGAUAUAAAGGGGAUUACCAGCCCUCAUUUUUAUGUGAUCCAGAAUCGCAUACCUGGUAUCCUUUCGAAGAAUGUGCAACAUUAUUGGAUGCGAACGGUUAUGCCUGUUUCUCGAAUCCAGAAAACUCUGGACCAAGUCCGCGAGACGCUGAAAUUGAAGAAUUCGAUCGCCAUAUCCCGUUCAAGCUGGACCACGAUCUUUGGAAACAGCUUUUGGUUGUCGACCGUAUUUCAGGAUCGCGAUUGUUUGCCAAAACCCUGGAUGAAACAUCACUAUCGGAAGAGGAAGAAGAGGAGCUUUCUUGUUGCGUUGAAGGCUUAGGAACGUCCUUGGCGAGGAGAAUCAUAUUUCGUUUAUGA